UUCAUCCAUGUUUUGAAAUUUGUGGUUUUUCUCGACCCCCGUUCACCUUUUUGCUGAAUACACGGUCAAACCGGGAGUAGAUAUUACUCCUGACUCACAGUACCUCUAUCGAGGUUUACCUGGAUUGGUAAAUACUCCUUUGCUUAUAUCAGAUAUUGUUUACAUGCUGUAAAGUUUUCUUUUCUCCCCCCAUCUCCGGCUGAAACAUGAGUGGACGAGUGAACAACACGAUUCCGAUCCAGUCGACGGCGGGAGCCGUGACGAUCAAGAAUGAAAAGGGAGACAUCACGAUGCAAAAGGUGAAGGUGAAUCGGUACGUGACGGGCAAAAGACCCGACUACGCUCCGGAUUCGAGCAGCGAGGAAGAAGAAGAAGUCGAGUUCAAUUUCGGGUCGAAGAAGGUACGUGACGCUCCUAAACCGGUUCUUGUUGAUAGCAAAUCCGAAGAUCCUCGUCUGAGGCGGUUGAAAGAGAGAACGAUUGAUGAUGAUAGCGAUGUGGAGGAUCGGGUUACGAGGCAUCGUAGGGAGGUUAUUGAACCAGAGGUUGUCAUGGAAGCAUCCGAAGAUGAAAUGGAUGACAGACAUCGGCGGGAGGAAGAGGAAAGUAGCGAAGAAGAAGAACUAGAUGAAGAAGAAAUCGAGAGAAGGAGAGAAUUAUUAAGGCAACGGGCCUUGCAGAGAAAAGAAGAAGAGGAAGAGGAAGUUAUGGACCUCGAAGAUGAAAAAUCUGAAGGCGAAAGUGAUGAAGAAUCAUCUGAAUAUGAGGAAUAUACCGAUUCCGAAGAAGAAACUGGGCCCAGAUUGAAACCUGUUUUCGUCAGGAAGAAAGACAGAAUCACGAUCCAAGAGAAGGAGAAGGAGGACUUAAGGGCCCGGGAGCAAGAAAUCGAAACGAAACGAAUGGUGGAAGAAAGACGAAGACAGACAUUAAAGAUAAUCGAAACGGAUGCUAGAAAAGAAUUAGAAGAGAAGAAGGAGGAAGAUCCGUGUGAUGCUGUGGAUACGGGUGACGAAAAUGACGAAGAAGAAUACGAAGCCUGGAAAGUCCGUGAGUUGAAACGCAUGAAGCGUGACCGAGAGGAACGAGAAGCCCUGGAGAAAGAAAAGGGUGAGAUCGACCGAUUACGAAACAUGAACGACGAAGAAAGACGAUCAGAACAGCGAGCUAAUCCCAAGAUUAUACCCAACAAAGCACCCAAAGGACGAUAUAAGUUCCUUCAGAAAUACUAUCAUAGGGGUGCGUUUUUCAUGGACGAAGAAGACACUGUUUACAAGCGGGACUUUUCAGCUCCAACUUUGGAAGAUCAUUUUGAUAAAACUAUUCUACCUAAAGUCAUGCAGGUGAAGAAUUUUGGUCGUUCUGGACGAACCAAAUAUACGCAUUUGGUUGACCAAGACACGACUCAGUUCGAUUCUCCUUGGCUGGCCGACACUGCACAAAAUCUUAAAUUCCAUACAUCAAAAGGUGGCGGCAUGAAACAAGUCUUUGACAGACCGUCUGUCAAAAAACGGAAAUAAUAUUUAAAUACAUGACAACUAAGUACAAACUUUACAAAACCUGUGACUCAAACAAAUUACUAUUACAUUCUUUUUUUUUCUUUCUUUUUUAGGGACACAAAUUGUUUUCUUUCAAAAGGGGACAAAUAUUAUUUUUGUUAUCAAUUUAAAA